UGGAUUGGCCGGUCUGGUAUUUCAGCCACUAACACCAUGUCAGAAUACCGGGCCAGCCGCUCAGCUCUUCUCUGCAGCAGGACCUUACCUGUUCCUUGGUCCAGCGCUGUACAGUCUUCCUGUGCCGGCAUCUUUAGUGUACCCACUCCCCCUCCCUCCCCAAAGGUCCACAGUCUCUGGUCAUCUCCUGUACUGUAUCCGCAGUCUCUUGGUCAUCUCCUAUACUGUCUGCAGUCUCUGGUCAUCUCCUGUACUGUCUCCAGUCUCUGGUCAUCUCGCUGUACUGUCAGCAGUCUCUGGUCAUCCCUGUACGGUACGCAGUCUGUCAGCACGCCAGUCUGGUCAUCCCCUGUACUGUGUCCGCAGUCUCUGGUCAUCCCCUGUACGUGUCAGCAGUCUCUGGUCAUCCCCUGUACGGUACGCAGUCUCUGGUCAUCGCCUGUACUGUGUCCGCAGUCUCUGGUCAUCGCCUGUACUGUGUCCGCAGUCUCUGGUCAUCGCCUG